UUUAGGGUCUGUUUGUUUUCCGACCCAGAGAGAGAGAGAGAGAGAGAGAGUUAAGAAGAGGAGAGGGGUAGGGAGUUUAUUACAAAAGCAGUUUGCUGCACCGUCAAAAACCCAACCAGAACUAUGCAAAAUGAUGAAAUUGAGGCAAAAAACAGAGCACCAAAUUGAGGCAUUUCCACAAAGUACACAGGAGGAGAGGGCUGGAAUUAGAGAUAAAGCUGAUGCAAAAAGCCUCUGUAGUGAAUUUGACAAUGUUCACUUCAGGACAUAGUGACAUGGUAUGGUAUCUCUACCAAAAGACUAAGAGUGAAGAUUUGUCAGAUGAGGAACGAAUUGGGAUACUCAAUACCUGUGUUAGUACAGAUUUGUAUGAUGUAGCAUUGGACAUAUUGAAACACCACCCACAGCUGGCAGUGGCUCGAGAUGGGAAUGGUGAGACAGCAUUGCAUGUACUGGCUCGAAAACCUUCAGCAUUUACUGGUGGAAGUCAGGUUAGCAUGUGGAAAAGAUUCAUCAACACAUUUCCAGGUAGGAAGGUAGGACAUGAUAAAAGUCUGAAGCAAGCCCAAGCAUUUGAACUAGUUAGAUUGUUAUGGAAAAUGGUGAUAAAGCAAGAUGAUUCAGAGAUUUCGGACUUGAUCCGAAGCCCUUCACGACUUCUCCUUUGUUGCGGCAGAGCAUGGAAACACCAAGUUCUUGAUUGAGCUUAUUGAAGGUAUCCUGAUUUGAUAUGGAAAGUAAAUAGCCAGAACCAAAGCAUAUUUCACCUUGCCGUUUUACAUCGUCAUGCAGGAAUAUUCAAUAUUUUAUAUGAGAUAGGCUUGAUUAAGGAUUUAAUUACUGCAUAUAGAGAUGAAGAUCGUAAUAAUAUGUUGCAUUUGGCUGCGAAGAUAGCACCCCCAAAUCAACUUAAUAUCGUGUCAGGGGCAGCUCUUCAAAUGCAAAGAGAGCUACUGUGGUUUAAGGAGGUGGAAAAGAUUAUGCAACCUUCAUAUGUAGAAAAGAAAAACUCAAAAGGCAAAACACCUCGAGCUUUAUUUACUGAGGAGCACAAAAACUUAGUUGAGAAAGGGGAGGCAUGGAUGAAGAACACCGCCUGCCAAUCUAUGGUUGUUGCAACACUUAUAGCCACCGUAAUGUUUGCUGCAGCUUUUACUGCACCAGGCGGCAAUAACAACAAUACAGGAAUCCCAAUGUUUCGAAAGCAUAGUUCCUUCAUGGUUUUUGCAAUAUCAGAUGCCAUAGCAUUAGUCACCUCUUCCACUUCAAUACUCAUGUUCUUAUCUAUACUCACCUCACGCUAUGCUGAAAAUGAUUUCGUCGAAUCAUUGCCCUUUAAGCUCAUGAUUGGACUCACGACAGUCUUCAUCUCCAUAACUACCAUGAUGGUAGCUUUUUGUGCGACAUUUUUCAUUGUUUUUUACCGUUAUACGGUAUGGGUACCAAUCGCUGUCGCCUUGUUUGCCUGCGUGCCUAUCAUUUUGUUUGCUACCCUCCAAUAUCCUCUUUUGGCAGAUGUGAUCCAUUCAACCUACGCUUCCAGGUUAUUGUUUCAGCCAAGGAAACAUAUGCUUUACUAGCAUAAUCCAAGUCAUAUAUAAGUAGUGUGUCUACUUUCAGUUGUGGGAUCAUGAGUUGUGUAUUUUAAUUUUGAAUAGUACUUCUAUUGUGUUUGUGUUUGCUUUUGUUUUU